CCACCACCAUCAGCUGCGUGUCUGCGGCGUCCCGCCCAACGCAUCCUGUGACUACUACAUCCACAUGAUUGAAGUAUUCAUCAUGAUCAUCAGGCUCGGCCAAAUGUAACCGUAUUCACAGCCUCCCCUUGAUGGGUUCUCAGCUCAUUCAUAAGAGAGAUAAAAAGGCGCGUGCGUGAAGCUCGGGUUUUUUUCCUUCUCGAGUGAAUGCAGAUGGAAUCUCCAGUUGAUGACGUCGCAGCGGCCAAGGGUUUGAAAUUAUUAGCGUACAUUUACACGUCAACGGCGACAUUCUGGACCUAUGAUUUUCUUUGUUCACUUGAUGAAGAGUGGACAUUCCUACUUCAAUCACGCUGGACAAAGGUGAAAGGCCUUUAUAUCAUUACACGAUAUAUCCCAUUUGCCGCUAUCGUCUUGGAACUAUGUUUGGCCUUGACCCCAAACGAGAAUCCCGAGAACUGCCCGAUAUUGAGCAAUGUCUUCACAUAUUUCGGAGUGAUAUCACUCACUCUCUCUGAAUGCUUUUUUAUUCUCAGGACGUAUGCACUCUGGAACAACAACAGAAUCGUUCUCAUAGCCGUGCUCUCCGCCUUUUUUGCAACCAUCGCAUCAUGCAUCGGCAUUUUGAUUCCCGCUGGUAGUGCCCCUGAAGUUUCGACUGGCGUGAUCCCAGGCAUCCAAGGCUGCUCCGAGAGCGUACAAGGUGUCCAAUUAUUCUUGCCUUUUGUUCUCUCGUUUGUGUUUCAACUAGGACUGAUCUGUCUCACGAUCACACGCGCUAUACAGAGGUGGCGGUCGGCCCAGGGCCCUCUGUUCGCUAUAUUGGUGAAGCAUAACAUAUUCUACUAUGCAUGUGGUUUACUUUUCUCGGCCGUGAACUUUCUUCUGCCAAUACUGCUUUUGGAUAUGUAUGCCGUAUACUCUGCCCUCCAAGCUUUGCAGAUAUUUAUUCUUGCAAUCCUCGCCACACGCAUGCACCUCCACCUCUGGCAUGCCGAGCGGCGUGUGGACGGCCCUGUGGCCCCCGUGUGCAUUUCUUUGUCCGACAUACCAUCUAUAAACCAAAUGGCGUGACGCUUGCCUUAUUCGGCAUCGUUUGUGGAACUUGAUCUACGAGAUGACUGGUCCAUUUGGAAAUUGGGACGUGCUUGUAUGACUCCCUCGUAGGAAUCCAUUUUUGUCAUGGGAGUGAGAUGUAUUGAGAUAUGAACUCAUGAGCAAGCCAAUCGAGGACAACGUGAACAACGACGACGAUUUCUGGGUUGCUUUACACGGCGGUUCCCUUAGUUUUCUCUGGAAAAAGUCUGAAUAGCCAGUUUCUUUAGCCCUGGCAAAGACCCCAAGGAUAUUGGCGGCCAUGUCCUCGAUUCACUGUUCCGAAGCCCAGUAUACGUACUAGCCAUUCCACCAGUACUGUGCACGAUGUCGAUG